GAGCGCUACAUCAAGGGCGCGGUCCUCGGCGAGGGCACGUUCGGGGUCGUGACCAAGGCGGAGGACACGCUGACGCGCCGGCACGUCGCGAUCAAAAAGAUCCGCCUGGGGAAAUACAAGGAGGGCGUCAACUUCACCGCGAUUCGCGAGAUCAAGCUGCUCAUGGAGCUGCGACACCCGCACGUCAUCGAGCUCGUGGACGUGUUCCCGCACAAGCGCAACUUAAACCUCGUGUUCGAGAUGUGCGAGAGCGACCUCGAGGCGGUCGUGAAGGACAAGUUCCUGCCCUUGGGCACCCCGGAGGUGAAGUCGUAUGUGAAGAUGACGCUCGAGGCGGUGGCGUACUGCCACGCCUCGUGGGUCCUUCAUCGCGACUUGAAGCCGAACAACCUUCUGAUCGCGCCGAACGGCGCGCUCAAGCUCGCGGAUUUCGGUCUCGCGCGCGUGUUCGGGUCGCCGAACCGACGCUUCACCCAUCAGGUGUUCGCGCGGUGGUACCGAGCGCCCGAGCUGCUGUUGGGGUCGAAGGCGUACGGUCCCGGGGUCGACAUGUGGGCGAUCGGAUGCGUGUUCGCGGAGCUCAUGCUGCGCAAGCCAUACUUCCCCGGGAGCUCGGACAUCGACCAGCUCGGGAGGAUAUACGCCGGUCUCGGGACGCCGACGGAGGAGAAUUGGCCGGGGCAUAAGAACAUGCCGGAUUACGUGGAAUUUUCGCACGGCGUCGCGCCGCCGCUCAGACAGCUGUUCACGACCGCGCCGCCGGAGGCCUUAGACCUCCUGCAGAAACUCCUCGCGUUCGACCCGAACAAGCGACUGAGCGCCGCGGACGCGCUGAAGCACGCGUACUUCAGCUCGCGGCCGUUCGCGACGCCCUUCCCGGACCUCCCGCGUCCGACGCAAAAG